AUGAAAAAAAACGAAAUGGUCAAUGCUAUAUGGAACACAACUGCAGGUCAUAACAGUGCACGAUCUACAUCCGGUGGAGGAAUUGGUGAAUAUUGGAGAACUGAACCACCGGAAGCUGCAGUAGAUGGUAACCUACACACAGAGUAUACUAAUCAUGGUGUUUGUAAUUCAUCAUCCUAUUUUUCUGAAGAAUGCGGCUUAAGAACUGGUUUCUAUUUAACAUUCCAAAGUAAACCAUUCAUUCUCGUCAAUUUCCAAAUGGCUACAAACAAAGGUUUCAUAGAGCGUACUCCAUCGACAAUCACGAUUGAAGGAAGUAACAAUAAAAGAGUUGAUUUAGUUCUUGGGAAAAGUUGGACUUUGAUUUAUAAUGGUAGUUCAGGUCUUGAAUUCAUUUCGAAAGCACGAACGUUGGGCAAAAUCCAAACACUAUUGAAUAAUACGUUGUCGUUUGCAAGCUAUCGUUUUCUUAUAACUUCAAAAAGAGGAGCAGCUAGUUGUGUCUCGUAUUCAGAAGUAAAAAUGAUGGGACGAUUUCCAGAUAAAUAA